AUGGCUGCCGUAAUUGGAGACUACGCCGCGGAUCACUCGAGAUUCCACCAUAACAUGAUAGCGCCCGGGCUACAGCACAACCACUCCCACCAGCGCGAACCCGCAUACAGAUCGACUUCGAGCUCGAGAAGUCGGCCAAGAGAAUCUCCGGGGCCUGCGCAAACGCGCUCGCCGACUACCCCUCCCAAGUUUAGAGCACCUGCACCCAGCGCGACUCCGGCUAAGCGAUCGUGGGAAACCAACGAGUCGGAAACGAAGACCACAGUGGAGCAGAAGCCAGUCUCAGCGAGCGGGGGUGCCUCACGGUUCCCGUCGCCACCCGACUCGUCUUCGCCGUCGGCAGCCCAAGCACAGAAUGGGCAGACAGCCCACGCAACAUCAAUGACAUCUCAGACACAGUCGCAAACUGUUGCGCCUGCAGCAAACAGCUCUGCGCCAUCAGUAACCACCCAGCAGCUCACACCUGAGGCCGAGCCGGCGCCAAACUCAGCUGGCACUCCAGCGACGCCAUACAAUGCGUCAUCUCCGAGCCAGGGACACACCAUUGUGGUGCGGGAUCUGGCGCACAUCCAAAGUCUUGCCCGAGCCGAUAUGAUGAACGGGGGUAAUGGACCCGGCAUCUUGAACGACCCGCCCCUACAAGCUAUGAAGUACGAGAUCAGCGGCAUGCCCAUAGGCGAUAUUAUCGAGAUGGUGGCUGCGCUGUUGACCAAGAUAACAACUACCAACGAUCUUCAGCACGACGCUCUUCACAGGAACGCCGCGCACCAGCAGACGGCGGCUAACCACAACAACGACGGCGUUACCAUGAGCCCACUCAGUAGCUCGGUAUUGGCGUUCCACGGCAAGAAUGUACCCGCCAUUACGAUCCUAAGUUACCUGAGCCGUAUCCACAAGUACUGCCCUACAACGUACGAGGUGUUUCUGAGCUUGCUGGUCUACUUUGAUCGUAUGACAGAGCGUGUCAACAACAUGGUAAUGCAGGCUGAGGAGACUAGGAGGCAAUCUCUGUCCCACCAGCCAGCGUCUUCAUCAACGGUUUCAAAGUCUGGCAGUACAGUGGACGCCGAGAUGAAGGAUGGAGACAGUGCCGACAGCGACGAAACCGACUCGGAUUUGGCUGAUGAUGACGACAUGUCGUCGGAACGUAAAGAGCCUCAGACAGCACCAACGUCAUCUCCUGCAACAUAUUUUGUCGUCGAUAGCUUCAACAUUCACAGGUUGAUCAUCGCCGGUGUGACUUGUGCAAGCAAAUUCUUCUCGGAUGUGUUUUACACCAACUCGAGAUACGCGAAGGUUGGCGGUUUGCCGUUAGCGGAGCUUAAUCACCUUGAGCUUCAAUUUCUUAUCCUGAACGAUUUCAGGCUCGCUGUCCCAGUGCAAGACCUGGAGGCAUACGCGACCAUGCUAGUGGAAUUUUAUGCUCGAGAGGUCGUCGCACAGCAGACACGGCCUGACUCUAAUGCGGAGUAG